AUGACUAACAAUGAAUUUUCCUCCCCACCAGAAAACAAAGCAACUGCAGAAGGUGAAACAGAAGGUUUGUUUGCACUGCACCAGAGAAGAGGAGCCAUCAAGCAGGCCAAAGUUCAUAAUGUCAAGUGCCACGAGUUUAUAGCGACAUUCUUCCCACAGCCCACCUUCUGUUCUGUCUGCCAUGAAUUUGUUUGGGGAUUAAAUAAACAAGGAUACCAGUGCAGACAGUGCAACGCUGCAAUUCAUAAGAAGUGCAUUGAUAAAAUAAUAGCCAAGUGUACAGGAUCAGCAGUGAACAGCAGGGAAACCAUUUUUCACAAGGAACGGUUUAAAAUAGAUAUGCCCCAUCGAUUUAAAGUCUACAACUACAAGAGCCCAACUUUCUGUGAGCAUUGUGGGACCCUGCUGUGGGGUCUGGCAAGACAAGGUUUAAAGUGUGAAGAGUGCGCCAUGAAUGUUCAUCACAGAUGCCAGAACAAAGUAGCAAAUCUGUGUGGUGUUAACCAGAAGAUGAUGGCUGAGGCUUUGGCUCAAAUAGAAAGUGAACAACAGGCACGUAGCUUACGUGAUCAAGUGGAAAUAGGUCGAGAAAGACCCGUUGAAAUUGACCAGUGUGUUCUCAAAAAGCCAUCAGAAGCUGAACAGGUUGCUGCCUCUGCCAAGAAAGAGGUGCAAGGAAUCAGCUGGGAAAGUCCGAUUGAAGAGGAAGUUUCAUCGUCCGACUCUCCCACCUACGAAGAACCGCCCCAGAUCGAUCAGCGCAGGUUCACAGUUGACGACUUUGUCCUUCACAAAAUGCUGGGAAAAGGGAGUUUUGGCAAGGUCUUCCUUGCUGAGCUAAAGGGCAAGAGUCAGUUCUUUGCUAUUAAAGCAUUGAAGAAGGAUGUGGUGCUGAUGGACGAUGAUGUGGAGUGCACUAUGGUUGAGAAACGAGUUCUCUCCCUUGCCUGGGAACAUCCAUUUCUUACUCAUCUCUACUGUACAUUCCAAACUAAGGAGAAUCUGUUUUUUGUAAUGGAAUACCUGAAUGGCGGUGACCUAAUGUUUCACAUUCAGAAUUGCCAAAAGUUUGAUGCACCAAGGGCAACAUUUGGCUUUGUGAUGAUCCUGCUGGGACAGAGGUACAGCACGUCAGUGGAUUGGUGGUCCUUCGGAGUUCUCCUCUACGAGAUGUUGAUUGGCCAGUCUCCUUUCCAUGGCAACGAUGAGGACGAGCUGUUUCAAUCCAUCCGCACAGAUGACCCCAUCUACCCUCGCUGGCUAGGCAAAGAGGCAAAAGACAUCCUCGUCAAACUCUUUGUUAGGGAGCCAGAGAGGAGACUUGGAAUUAAAGGAAGCAUUCGGCAACAUGCCUUUUUCCGAGACAUUAACUGGCAGGCGUUGGAAAACAGGGAAGUGGAGCCGCCUUUCAAACCCACUGUGAAAUCAUCAAGUGACUGCAGCAACUUUGACAAAGAAUUCCUGAAUGAGAAGCCCAGACUGUCGUGUGCAGACAGGACCCUCAUCAACAGCAUGGACCAAAACAUGUUCAACAACUUUUCAUUCACAAACCCAAAAAUGGAGAGAAUACUUUGACGAAGAUCAGGUGACAGCUGUAGAGUAUCUUACCUCGGUAACACUGAAGAGUUAGCACUUCGCAUUCACCCUUAACAACAGCCUGGUGAUCGUUACAUUCUAUGUUAAACGUGAGGCAUGAAAAUAGCUAUCAUGUAAGUUAAAUAUACUGGAAUGUCCAGAAUAUCCAUGUUGAAAAUCAUCUUAUGGUAACAUCCAAAGCAUCAGAGAAGAGAUGCUAAUUUUGUUUGGACUAGAAGGACAAGGCAUUUAUGCCUAAACUUGAUGGCUAUAAUCUUUCAGCGCAAAGACUGAAGCAUGAGACCAACACUGCAUGUAGAAACAUUUAGAUUUUGAUUAAGUGUUUUAAUAAGUGCUCAUUUCAAUGCGAAUCACAAUGGAGCAAAAAUGCAAAUAACAGUUGAUUCUAGGAAAGUAUUCUGUUUCUCGGUUGUGUGCAUGUGUGGACGUUUCAUUCUCAAGUAGUGUCUGGGCUCGCAGUGAACUGGUGCUGGGCUGCUUGAAAGAUAGUUUACAAACUCAUUCCUGUCCAAAUCACUGACCCAAAGACCAAAACAUGCACAUCCCCAUAUAAACCAGGGCAUUAUAUAAUAAUGGCCAUUUUGUACAGUGACGCUGCCUAAUAUACA